GAGACCAAUCCGAUCGCAGCAGCAGCAGCAGCAGCAGCAGCCAACAAACAAACAUACCUCCACUCAUUGGAGAGCCGCUGCUGCUCGCCGGCCCUCCCUCGGUUCCCCAUUUCUCCACCUCGGAGCAGCCGAGCCGACGCCUCCCUCGCCGCCAGCGUCUCCGUGACCGUAACCCACCAUGUCGGGGAUGAAGGACGCCAAUGCUGCUGGGCAUGAUAAUGUUGGAAAUUCUGAACCUAUGGACCAAAGUGGAGAUAAUGCCAUGCCAUCGGCUCAGCAACAGGAACAAGUAAUCAAGAAGAAGUUUGGAGGACUAAUUCCUAAAAAGCCACCGCUCAUCUCAAAGGAUCACGAGCGGGCCUAUUUUGACUCUGCUGAUUGGGCUCUCGGAAAGUCUGGACAGCAAGGUGUUGCAAAACCCAAAGGACCGCUCGAGGCACUCAGGCCAAAGUUGCAGCCCACACGACAACAGCAACAGCGUUCAAGGAGCUCUAUCUACAGUUCAUCCGAAAACGAGGAUGGAGAUGGCGCUGGGUCGGAGGACAUGAAUAUCAACUGAUCAACAGCGUGGAAUCUCGUGUUGUCGGUGAGAAGGGGCCUCGUCGUCUAAAGAAGCAGCUUGCUUUCAUUGUCUGUGGACCGCAGGGAAGGGAUGUAUGCUUGCGUCCAUAGAUAAGAAAAGAGACGGUUGUAAUUUCAAGGACUGCGGCUGCGGGUUUGUACUUCAUCGAACAGCUACCUUGCUAUGUGCCCAUUAUAGACUGGACCAUUGUCCUAUUUGUGAAUGGAUAUCUCUGUUUUUGAAUAUCCAGUGAUCAGCGUACUACUA